GUGCUCGCGAACGUCUUCUACGAGCCGUCGACGCGCACGUCCUGCUCCUUCCAGGCCGCCAUGCUGCGCCUCGGCGGGUCCGUCAUCUGCGUCGCGGAGUCGACGAGCAGCGCGAAGAAGGGCGAGACGCUCGAGGACACGGCGCGAUCCCUCGGCUGCUACGCGGACGUCGUCGUGCUGCGCCACCCGGAGGCCGGCGCGGCGGCCCGCGCCGCGGGCGCGCUGCCGCCGGGCCUGCCGCUCCUCAACGCCGGCGACGGCGUCGGCGAGCACCCGACGCAGGCCGUGCUCGACCUCUACACGCUCUGCCGCGAGCUGAGCCCGGCCGGCGCGCCGGCGCUCCCGCCGCGCGCCUGCCUCAAGGGCAAGACCGUCGUCCUCGUCGGGGACCUCAAGCACGGCCGCACGGUCCACUCGCUCGCCAAGAUGCUCGCCGCGUUCGACGUCGCGCUCGUCUUCGUCGCGCCGCCCGAGCUGGCCAUGCCCGCGGGCGUCGCCGCCGCCGUCGACGCGGGCACCGCGACGCGGGCCGAGGCGCCGAGCCUCGCGGCCGCGCUCGUCGACGCGGACGCGCUCUACGUGACGCGCGUCCAGAAGGAGCGGUUCCCGGACGCCGCGGCCUACGAGGCGGUCCGGGGCUCCUACGUCGUCGACGCGCAGCUCAUGAAAACCGCGAAGCCGUCCUGCGCCGUGCUCCACCCGCUGCCCCGCGUCGACGAGAUCAGCGCGGACUUCGACUCCGACCCGCGCGCGGCCUACUUCCGCCAGAUGCGGAACGGGCUCUUCGCGCGCAUGGCCCUCCUCGACCUCGUCCUC